AUGGGAAACUUUGGCUACAAUAAGAUUGAAAAGAAGGUGAACUAUGUUGAAGAAAGAAGUCAAGAAGAUGGUACCUUGCUGUUGGCUUACAAAGAUAAGGAAAGAAGUGAAGACAAUACAUGGUAUUUAGACACCGGUGCAAGCAAUCACAUGUGUGGAAGAAGAGGCAUCUUUGUGGAGCUUGAUGAAUCUGUAAGAGGCAAUGUAUCUUUUGGGGAAGAGUCCAAAGUAGCAAUAAAAGGAAAAGGUAGCAUCCUUAUUCGGUUAAAGAGUGGAAAACGCCACUUCAUAUCAAAUGUAUAUUAUGUGCUGAGUAUGAAGAGCAACAUCUUGAGUCUUGGACAGCUUUUGGAAAAAGGUUAUGAUAUUCAUCUAAGAGACAACCAUCUUUGUAUAAGGGACAAUGCAAGCAACUUAAUUACCAAGGUGCCGAUGUCAAGAAAUAAGAUGUUCACAUUCAACAUUCAAAAUGAUGCUUCCAAGUGUCUCAAGGCUUGCUACAAAGAUGGAAAGAUAUGGGUGUAUUUUUUAAAGGAAAAAUCAGAGGUGUUUGAAAACGUUAAGAAGUUUAAAGCUCUUGUUGAGAAGGAAAGUGGCCUUUUGAUAAAAUCCAUGAGAUCUGACCGUGGAGGAGAGUUUACAUCAAAUGAAUUCCAAAAAUAUUAUGAAGAUCAUGGAAUUCGAAGGUUUCUAACAGUGCUAAGAUCCCCCCAACAGAACGGUGUGGUAGAAAGGAAAAAUAGAACAAUCCUAGAUAUGGUGAGAAGCAUGCUUAAAAGCACGAGGUUGCCGAAGGAGUUUGGGCAGAGGCAGUUGCAUAUGCUGUUUACCUAUCUAACUGACCUCCAACAAGAAGUGUGUGGGGAAAAACACCUCAAGAAACUUGGAGUGGAAGGAAGCAAGGUAUUUCACACUUAA